AUGUGUGACAAAGCCGUACAAAUCGACCGUUCUUUUCGUCUAUCUAUCUAUCUAUCUAUCUAUCUAUCUAUCUAUCUAUCUAUCCUUCAUCUUUUUCUGCUUCUCUCUCUCUCUGUUCGUUGUUGUGUAUCUUUGUUCAUAUCUAUCUAUCUAUCUAUCUAUCUAUCUAUCUAUCUUUCAUCUUUUUCUGCCUUUCACUCUCUCUGUUCGUUGUUGUCUAUCUAUCUAUCUAUCUAUCUAUCUAUCUAUCUAUCCUUCAUCUUUUUCUGCCUUUCACUCUCUCUGUUCGUUGUUGUGUAUCUAUCUAUCUAUCUAUCUAUCUAUCUAUCUAUCUAUCUAUCUCUUCAUUAUCUAUCUAUCUAUCUAUCUUCAUCUUUUUCUGCCUCUCUCUCUCUCUCUGUUCGUUGUUGUGUAUCUUUGUUCAUAUCUAUCUAUCUAUCUAUCUAUUUAUCUAUCUAUCUAUCUAUCCUUCAUCUUUUUCUGCCUUUCACUCUCUCUGUUCGUUGUUGUCUAUCUAUCUAUCUAUCUAUCUAUCUAUCUAUCUAUCUAUCUAUCUAUCUUCAUUUUUCUGCCUCUCUCUCUCUGUUAGUUGUUGUGUAUCUUUGUUCAUAUCUAUCUAUCUAUCUAUCUAUCUAUCUAUCUAUCUAUCUAUCUAUCCUUCAUCUUUUUCUGCCUUUCACUCUCUCUGUUCGUUGUUAUCUAUCUAUCUAUCUAUCUAUCUAUCUAUCUAUCUAUCUAUCUUCAUCUUUUUCUGCCUCUCUCUCUGUUAGUUGUUGUGUAUCUUUGUUCAUAUCUAUCUAUCUAUCUAUCUAUCUAUCUAUCUAUCUAUCUAUCUAUCUAUCUAUUUUUUGGUGUAUCUUUGUUCAUAUCUAUCUAUCUAUCUAUCUAUCUAUCUAUCUAUCUAUCCCAACCUGUGAAUAUCUAUCCAUCUCAAUCUGUGAAUAUCUAUCUAUCUAUCUAUCUAUCUAUCUAUCUAUCUAUCUAUCUCACUCUCCCUCUCAACUCUUUGUCGGUCUGUCGCUCUCAGUCUCUUCGUAUCUAUCUAUCUAUCUAUCUAUCUAUCUAUCUAUCUAUCUAUCUAUCCCAACCUGGGAAUAUCUAUCCAUCUCAAUCUGUGAAUAUCUAUCUAUCUAUCUAUCUAUCUAUCUAUCUAUCUAUCUGUAUCAACGUGUGAAUAUCUAUCCAUCUCAAUCUGUGAAUAUCUAUCUAUCUAUCUAUCUAUCUAUCUAUCUAUCUAUCUAUCUCACUCUCCCUCUAAACUCUUUGUCGGUCUGUCGCUCUCAGUCUCUUCGUAUCUAUCUAUCUAUCUAUCUAUCUAUCUAUCUAUCUAUCUAUCUAUCUAUCCCAACCUGUGAAUAUCUAUCCAUCUCAAUCUGUGAAUAUCUAUCUAUCUAUCUAUCUAUCUAUCUAUCUAUCUAUCUAUCUAUCUAUCUAAACCUUUUGGGCUUGUCUUUGUUCAUUUCUAUCUAUCUAUCUAUCUAUCUAUCUAUCUAUCUAUCUAUCUAUCAAGUGUUGUUACUUUCUUUAUUUCUCUCUCUCUCUCUCUCUCUCUCUCUCUGGCACACUCUUUCAUUAUCACCUGAUCAUCCUUGCACCCUCCUUUUCAUUUCCCUCCGUGAGCAAUCAAACAUUAUUUCCCACAAACCUUCAAAGUGCGUCAUAUCUUGCCAUGCUCAGUUUCCCACCCUCUAUCCCACGCUUGCUGUACUCGUCAUUCUGUCGUUAUUUUCUUUAUCUUCCUCUUUCUUUCGCUCUUCAUUCGUUUUGGAAAGUGGGCAGAUUAAGGACAAAAGGUUUGCUAGCAGCUGA